CCUUCCAAAUAUUCCCUUGCCUUCCAAGAAUAAAUUCUUGCCUUCCAAGAGCCCCAUGUUUCGAACUCACGACCUCUGCUCUGCCAGAUUUGACAGCGUCCGUCCUUUGUCAGUGAAGAAGUGCCCUGGGGCCUCUCUCUCUCUCUCUCUCUCUCUCUCUCAGACACAGAGGAUAGAGAAAUACGUAUUCAUAAUAUACAUAUAGAGAUAAAAAUGGAUGGUUUAUUGUGUAUGUGAUGGCAAUAUUUGUGUGUCAUCUCCUUGUUUUAAGGCUUUGUUUGAUUGUAGAAGAACAUCGUCCACUUAUCUUUCACUACAAUGUUCAAAAGAUUAUCUAAAUCUUCUCCUCCUACUCGUUGAUCCCUUUACACAUUUUUCAAUUUCAGAUUUAAUUAUUAUUAGUUAUUAUAUAUACAUAUAAACUGUCUUCAAUAACUCUUCUUAAUCUCCAUAUAUCUCUCCAGUUCAGAGUGGAUCAUAGAUAUUUAAGGUGAUCGUUGUUAAUUCUGCCUUCGAUUGUCGUUUAAUUUCUUGACAAGAGACAAUUCAGUGUGAAAUAUUAAGAAGAAACCUUUAUCUUUUGCUACUUAAUCAAUUUCAAGGUAUAUACUCUAAUCUUAGUACAGGUUCCAUUGCAUCUUUCCCAUUUUAGAAUUUUGCACGUGUUUUCGGCCUUGAGGUUUAUUACAAGCAUUGUACUUAUAUGGCAUGUUUAGUACAAAGGAUUGCAUAAGAAGUUAAGAUUUUAUUUGUUACACUGUUUAAUUUUAACCAGUACUGCAUAUGAAACAUACACAUAGUAAACGACAGCAAAAAUUUUCAUCAUCAUAUUGAAUUUCUUACAAAUUAGAUGUCUGGUUCUGUACUCGGAAGAUCUUUAGAUUCUUGGUACCAAGCAAUUUGGUCUACAUUGUAAGGUUCCUAGUCUCAACACAAGAAAGGCAUAUAGAAAUUUUUUUUCUCGAGUUGAGAGAUUCAUGAUUCUUCAUUUUAUUCGUCAAAACAGAAUACCAGCAAUUCCACUACAGUAUUACUUUAUCAAGAAACGUUAAGAGCAUCAAACUAAAGAGAACAAAAAACUUUGAUUUCUCAUUUUUUUUAGUUAAUAAAGGACUAAUUCUUCAUUUACAGGGAUGGAUUUUAUGGAGAUGAAGCGAAGGAGCAACUUCACUAAGAAAAUAUUCUUAGCUGCUGGCAUUACUGCUCUUUUUAUUUUUCUUUUCACACGAGCACCCGAUACUAAUACCUCUACCAAGUUCUCUCAACAUGAGCCUGGUGUCACACACGUGUUAGUAACUGGAGGUGCAGGCUAUAUAGGUUCUCAUGCUGUACUUCGGCUUCUCAAGGAUUCAUAUCGUGUAACCAUUGUGGACAACCUUUCCAGAGGGAACAUAGGAGCUGUUAAAAUCCUCCAAGAACUUUAUCCCGAGCCUGGGAGACUUCAAUUUAUAUAUGCUGAUCUAGGAGAUGCAGCAUCAGUAAAUAAAAUUUUUAGAGAGAACGCCUUUGAUGCCGUUAUGCAUUUUGCUGCUGUUGCUUAUGUUGGUGAAAGUACAGCUGAACCUCUAAGGUAUUAUCAUAAUAUUACUUCAAAUACCUUGUUAAUGGUGAAGGCGAUGGCGACACAUGGUGUAAAGACAUUGAUCUAUUCGAGCACUUGUGCAACAUAUGGAGAACCAGAAAAGAUGCCGAUCACAGAAGUUACUCCUCAAGCCCCAAUCAAUCCAUACGGAAAAGCCAAGAAAAUGGCUGAAGAUAUUAUAUUGGACUUCUCUAAGACUUCUGACAUGGCUGUCAUGAUCUUAAGGUACUUCAAUGUUAUUGGCUCCGACCCUGAGGGAAGACUGGGAGAAGCUCCACGACCAGAACUGCGUGAACAAGGACGUAUUUCAGGUGCUUGUUUUGAUGCAGCCAGAGGAAUAAUUUCAGGAUUAAAGAUAAGAGGGACGGAUUAUAGCACACCAGAUGGAACUUGUGUGAGAGACUAUAUUGAUGUCACUGAUUUGAUUGAUGCACAUGUUAAAGCAUUAGCCCAUGCAAAACCAGGCAAAGUUGGUAUUUACAAUGUUGGCACUGGGAAAGGUAGUUCAGUAAAACAAUUUGUGGAAGCAUGUAAGAAGGCUACUGGUGUGAACAUAAAGGUGGAUUACCUAAGUCGUCGUCCAGGAGAUUAUGCUGAAGUAUACAGCGAUCCUUCGAAGAUCAAUAACGAACUAAAUUGGUUGGCAAAGUACACAAAUCUUGAAGAAAGCUUAGCAAUUGCUUGGAGAUGGCAAAAGACACACAGAAAUGGUUACAACAAUUGAGAGGCUUUAUUAUGGAGUUAGUUCCAUUUUGUUAUAGUUUUAGUAGAUUAGUUUCUAUGCUAUACAUACAGGUCGCUCCGUUAUGUUGUCCAACACAUCAAUGGUGGUCGAGCUGAUAUCGUGAAUUUAUAUUUAAGACGUUGAUUAGUCGUGCAAUCUUAGUAAGAGAUUAGAGAUGCAAUAAAAGUAAGACAACGACGGUGGAGAUAUUCUCACUCUCAUCCUUAAUCUUUUUGAUAAGAAAUCGAACAUUGCAGCAGAAUUACUGACAUUUAAGUCAUUCUUCUCUAUCUGAUAUAAAUUAGACUCAAAAGUA